AUGUCUCUGGGGACUCACGCCUUCCUGCAGCAGGUGCUGCGUCUCCACGAGCGUCUCCUGAUGGCCGCGGCGAGCUCCGCCAGUCUGCCCAGCAGCCAUGGGAAAACCGGCGGAGAGAAAAACGGCUCAUCGUCUUCAGACGGAGGCUCUGUUCUCGUUCUCCUCCCGGUCGAAGAAAGUCUGCGAGGCCUCGGAGUCGCUGAGCAGCUUCUCGUUGAGACCCAUCUGUUCAUGCCCACCUCGUUUCCCUCCCAAUUCAUCAACUUGAGAGGCCAAGGCGUACACCGCGAGAAUGGUGUGUUGAUCUCGGAUUUUGGAUUCCCUACCCCGCUUCGCCUCGACAUCCUAGCGGAAGAAAUCAUCUACGACCGCGGCUUAAUUCUCGAGUGUGUUCUUGUCUCUUCGUCCCUCUUUUCUGCCUCUUCCUCUUCGUCCUCUUCUGUUGAUUUUCCAGUGCAUGUGUCCGAGCGAAGAAAAGGAACCGGUCUCUCUCGGGGUUUGGGAGAAGAACAGGAGAAGGAAGAGAAGGAAAAUCUCGAGAAAAUCGAGGCGGAGCUACGGGCACAAACGAUGCGUUGGUGGCGAGGCUCCAGAGCUGGUGCAGCCGCUGAAAAGGAUGUCGAAGAAGAAAUACGUUUCUUCAAAGAUACAUACAUCUUGGCCCUCGGCUGCGACACGGAAAUUGCGUCUCGCCUCAGGGAGUUGGUUUCGCGGUGUACCCGGCGAGUCUCUCUCCUCUCGCCUUCUGCGCCGGGGGGACCAGGGACUGGUGGCGUGGGUGGGACUCGUGCGGGCAGCGCGCGCUUCCUUGGGAGCGGAAGCGCCGCGAACAGAGACCGGACAGAAAGUGACACGGCGGUCGCUGGCGCAGUUGAGGGUUUCGUCUUUCUGUGCAUCGAGGACUACCUCUGGAGCUUCGCCAUUCGAGCCCUUGCAAAACGACAAGAAAAGUUGGAGGUGAAGCUCAAGGAACUUCGGAACAACUUGCCGUUUCUCCACGAGCGGUUGCAAGUCAAGCGUAUUCUGCGAGGCGUCCCACUCCAAGCGGCCGCUGCUAUCCUCGACCAGCUGUCGAGUUGGAGACUCCCUGAGCAGAAAACGGCCUGCCUGGCGUGGGCUGUGCGCAGCAUCCAGGGAUCGUGUCGAACGCAUGUGCGUCGUCUCCAGGGACGCCAACAGCGCAGAGCGGAAAUGGAGAGGAAGGAGACCCGCGCCGUCUCGCCGCCGACUCCUCAACCCGUCGAGAUAACUGUAGACGACCUCGUGGGGUUGCUUCUCGUGGCGGCUGCGCUGAGCCAGGGGCGGUUUCUCCUCGCGAAUCUGUGGCUGAUGAAUCUGUUCAAUCUACAGCGGCCGAGAGAGGCGCAGUUCGACGAGACGUCGUUCCAUCUAACGACCUUGCAGUCCGCGCUCUCAUUUGCCUUUGUCGUCUCUGUCCCUCCCCAGACGCAGGGCGUUCCUCAGUGCGGAGACACCGAGGAGUAG